CUCUGAAAAUGGAGGACUACUUGCAGUACAUGAAGACAUUGCGCUCUCAGAUGAACGAUGUGGAAGAUCAAGCUACCAAGAUCUCAGUGGAGGAGCAAAUGCAAUUAACCACUUUUCAGACCUUAGAGAACGAUCUCAAUGCCGCAAUAUCCGAAACUAAACGAUUCAUGGAAGACAUUGAACAGAUGAAUAAGGCUAAGGGUCAAAUAUGCUCACAGAUUCUGGAAAGACAGAGAAAGACAGUUUCCUUGGAGUCUGAUUCAUCCACCCUUAUGCAGAACUUGGAGCUUAUUGAACAAGAAAGGAUCAACUUGGCCGCCAAGCUUAUUGAGAAGAGCACUUACUACUUGAAAGUUUCAGAGGAUAUCGCUGCUAAAUUGCAGCAACAGAAGGAUUGGAUCAUUUGUCACCAGACUACUACAGAACUUGGAGAACCUGGAAUGGUUAAGGAUACAAUUGAUGAGCAACGAGUUGCUACUCAAGGGAAGGCUAGCAUUGGCGACCACCUCUGCAUAACUAAUCAGGGCAAUGACGCAAGAAAGAAUCUAAUGGCGAUGGUUGACUCUGCUAAAGUUAAGCUUGAUGAGAUUUUACAAAUGAAAUCUGAACUUGUCAAGGAGAACUACAAGAUGAAGCAAGCUAUUGACCAAGUAAAUUGCAGGGAAAGUAAUUUUAAGCCAGAGCUAAGAGCGUUAGACAUAAAGACCCUGGAGGACGAAUACAAUGCCCUUGUAUCAGAUAAUGCAGGAGAAGCUGAAUACUUAAAGUCUCUGCAGGACCAAAUUGAGAAAUUGAAGGGUAUAUCUCAUGUGCUUAAAUGUUCUUGUGGAGUGGAAUACAAAGUGGAGCUGGACUCUUGUGUAUGAAAACUGAUGAUAAGAUGGGCGCAGAACUGGACGCGCAUGAAUUCGGGUAAGAUGGGUGGCUCAGAAAUAUGAUAGCUUCUCUGGGCUAGAAUACAUGGCUUGCUUUUCAGGUAACUGUACAAACAAAAAAUCAAAGCUGAUUGUAUAACUAUCUGCAGUAGGAACAUAUUGACAUUACUUCAGUAGCUGGUACAUGCAACUUGAAAGUGAUUUGUGAAUAGAUGUCGAUUGAACUUUGAACAGAUUGCUCAUGAAAA